UAAAAUAUAGAUACUAUGAGGGGGCACGUGAGGUCAACAUGGAUGCAGAGGAGCGGAGUGGCUGCUGUGCAUUGGCUGCAGAGAGGGCAGAGCAGAGCAGCUGAGGCGGUGCUUGCCUUGACAGGAGGGAUCACUCUCAGUUUCUGCUCUGCACUAGUUCGCCGCUUUCACUCCGCCGACCAACUACCUCCAUUUAAAGUUAACGGCCACUUUGCUUCGCAUCUGAAGCCGGGAUUUGGACCACGACGAUCUCACUACAGACCCGACAACGGAGCGCCUACAGAAAGGCAGGCAGUUAGUGCAGAAGCAGGCACCAUGUCCACCCCCACAAACCCAGAGGUGAAGGAACUGAACCCUGUCGACUUUAUCCAGCUACAACAGUAUAUUGAAUACUGCAGCUUGAAGGUGAAAGACGUGCUGAAGGAAUUCGAUGCAGAUGGCCGUCUGGCCCAGCACAGACAUGGAGAGUGUAUCAACGAAGAAGGCUUUCGUCUGUUCCUGAAGACUUAUUUAGAAGUGGAGGACUUCCCUGUGGAUCUCUGCCAGCGACUCUUCCACUCUUUCCAAAACUCUGAACCCACCCAGGAAGACAGUACCAAAGAGGUCUUUCUGAAGGAUGUUUCAUGUUACUUCUCUCUACUGGAGGAUGGUCAGCCAAGGGACAAACUAGAAUUUGCUUUCGGGCUCUAUGACAGAGAUGGCAAUGGGGUCCUUGACAGCUCUGAAGUGGAUCGGAUUAUUGCGCAGAUGAUGCACGCAGCAGAAUAUCUUGACUGGGAUGUGUCAGAGCUUAAGCCUGUUCUGAAGGACAUGAUGACAGCGAUCGAUGCUGACAGCAGUGGUACAGUAUCUCGAGAAGAGUGGGUCGAAGGAGGCAUGAACAACAUUCCCUUGCUGGUCUUGCUGGGCCUGAAGAUGACCCAGAAGGAUGGCCAGCAUCUUUGGAGAAUGAAACAUUUCAACAAGCCAGUUUACUGCAACGUGUGUCAGAGCAUGCUGUUGGGUCUGAGGAAGCAAGGCCUGUGCUGCACCUGCUGCAAAUACACAGUACAUGGCCGCUGUGCUAACAGGAACCCGGCCCCGUGCGCCAGGACAUACGUGAAGUCGAAGAAAGAAACGGGGGUUGCAACACAUGACUGGGUGUGUGGGAACUGUGAUUCCAGGAAGUGUGACAGGUGCCAGAAGAAGAUCAAGAGCUUCCAAGGUUUAACAGGCAAACACUGUGUGUGGUGCCACACAAUGCGCCAUGAUGAAUGUGCAAAUCAAGAGCCAACAGAGUGUACCUGUGGGCCACUCAGAGACCAUAUCCUGCCUCCAUGGGCAAUAUAUCCUGUCAUAAAGGAGAGACCAAAUAAUGUAAAGAAUGGCUGCUCAGGGUCAAUAGAUGACAGCGACCUCAAUACUACCCCUGAUGGACAAGUGCUUCAGAUCAACCCUGUGCCUAACACUCAUCCCCUUCUAGUGUUCGUCAAUCCUAAAAGUGGGGGCAAGCAGGGAGAAAGAGUCCUGCGUAAAUUUCAGUAUUUGCUGAAUCCACGGCAGGUAUACAACCUUUCAAAUGGCGGUCCCGGACCAGGACUGAGUUUCUUCAGACAUCUGCAGGAUUACAGAAUCUUGGUGUGCGGUGGAGAUGGCACAGUUGGCUGGAUUCUGGACGCAAUAGACAAAGCCAAUCUGUUGGUACGGCCGCCUGUUGCAGUGCUGCCUCUCGGUACAGGAAAUGACCUUGCAAGAUGUCUGCGUUGGGGAGGAGGAUAUGACGGUGCAGACCUGAGUGACAUUCUAAAAGACAUUGAGGGAAGCUCUCUGGUGCUGAUGGACCGCUGGAGUGUGCAGGUUAUCCCAGAUGAAAGUCAGGAGAUGGGUGACCCAGUUCCAUAUGAAAUCAUCAACAACUACUUCUCUAUUGGAGUUGAUGCAUCCAUUGCUCACCGGUUUCACACAAUGAGGGAGAAACAUCCCCAGAAAUUCAACAGCAGAAUGAAGAACAAGCUGUGGUAUUUUGAAUUUGCCACUUCAGAAACUAUCUCCGCUUCCUGUAAGAAACUGAAGGAAAGCUUGACAAUCGAGUGCUGUGGUACUCCACUGGAUCUCAGUAACCUGUCUCUUGAAGGUGUUGCUAUAUUAAACAUUCCCAGCAUGCACGGUGGUUCCAAUCUAUGGGGUGAGACCAAAAAGGUGGACACUAAGGGUUUGGCGAGUCAGGAAGAGCCUGAGGUGAUUGUCAACCCAGAAAUCCUGAAAGUGUCUUCCCAAGAUCUCAGCGACCGCCGAUUAGAGGUGGUCGGCCUCGAAGGAGCCAUGGAGAUGGGACAGAUUUACACCGGCCUUAAGAGUGCUGUGCGGUUGGCAAAAACCUCACAGAUCACCAUCAGGACAAAGAAAGCGUUACCGAUGCAGAUAGAUGGAGAGCCAUGGAUGCAGCCUCCCUGCACGAUUCACAUCACACACAAGAACCAAGCCAGUAUGUUGAUGGCUCCUCAAGCCGCCAAGUCAUCUAGUUUUUUCAACUACAAAUGAAACUGACAGAAUGAACAUGUGUAUUGUAUAUAUAGGACUGACACUUUUAUAUAUAUAUGAAAUCAAUUCGAAUGUGUAUGUUGUACAAUAAUCACACUGUAACAGUCAGAGUUAAGAUAGCAAUCUCAAAGGUUCUGCAUUUCAUAUAACCAAAGCAUGGCAUGACAAGAAUACAAACUUUAUGGUAAUAAAUGUUUGCAUUGUGAAGAAAUGUUUAUGACCAAAAUUAACAGUGUUUUUAUCAAUACUCAACACUCCCUGUCUCAGUGCUUCACAGAUAGUGGAAGUGCUUCUUUAUAGAUACUCAAAGUAUGGCUAAAGUAAAGAAUAUCCAGCUUCAUGUGCCUUUAUAAUCGAUUCUCUAUGGUAAUGGCUUAGGUAAAAGAUAUACAGAGCGUUGUGUAGGUGUGCACUUUGAGCAUAGACCAUGUAGUAUUGCUGUUUUUUGUUUUUGUUUUUUUGAGGUUGUAAAUAUGCUGGAUGGCAGGUAUAUGUCUAUGUCUAUUUGCAACCAAGAGCAAAGGAAAAACUUCAUUUCAGCUGUGGAUUCAAACAAUGUUUCCUUCAUUUCAGAAGAUACUUGAAAGUGUUUUGGGGAACAGUAAGAAUAUAAUUAUUGCCAAAAGGAUGUGUGUGUGUGUGUGUUUGUGUGUGUGUGUGUGUGAGAGAGAGAGAGAGAGAGAGGGAUAUGAGUUAUAUUCACUUCUAACUUGUAUGUUGUGACGAGUUGGAUUUGAAAUCACUUAUUCUGACCAGUUUAAAUGUAUUUUUAUUUAAAUUCUUCAUAUCAUUUAGGUAUAUCUGCAAGAUAUUGAUGUAAUAUGCCUGAAAUAACAACUGUGUAAAGAUUUUAAUAAAUCACUUAGACUUUA